CUCAAGUACGUCAACAUGUACGCCUCCAUCUUCUUCCUGGUGUGUGUCAGCGUGCGUCGCUGUCAGCUCAUCAUGCGUCCGCUGAGGUUCAACUCGUCCAAGCAAAGAGGAGAUUUGGUAAUAUGUGCCGUUGGCUGGCUGUUAGUCUGCCUGUGCUGCCUGCCCUUUCCUCUCCUGAGGAACCCCAACAAUGAAACAGACGUUAAUUCAAGUCUCUCAGACUUGUGUUUCUCAGAGCUGCCAAUGAGGACGGUCAGUGUUCCAGCCGCCUGGGUGCUCCUCAUCCUCGCAGAGCUAAUGGGCUUCAUCGUUCCUCUUAUCCUAGUGUUAGGCUGCACCUUUCUUACUGCUGGCAGUCUUCGGGACUCCACGGCGUGGGCAAUUCCUGACCGGGGGGAGAAGAGGAGGGCGUUACGGAUGGUGCUUAGCUGUGCUCUGGUCUUCCUAGUGUGCUUUGCUCCUUACCAUGUCACCAUGCCCCUGGACUUCUUGGUUAAAGCUGAUGCCCUGAACAGCUGCGCCUUAAGGGACUUGAUUCUGCGAUGUCACCCCGUCACCCUCUGCCUAGCCAGCCUGAACUGUAGCCUGGACCCACUCAUGUACUAUUUCACAACUGAUGAAUUCUGGAGGCGACUGAGCAAGCCGGAGAUACCAGAGACUUUCAGCAGGCGCCUGUCCUGUAUGACUGGGGGAGAGAAUACAGAGAACUAGAAACUCUUAGAACUCUCUUAUUGAUGAAGUACCUGAGAUAAAUAUACACUCCUAAAUCUAAGGAUAGAUAGUUAGCAUGAAAACUGGUAAGUGCAGGGUCUAGCUGCAUAACAUGAGACUGGGCUCACCUCCGUCAACGGACUCUUACGGGGCCCUAGCAUAAAGAAGGAAGACAUUUGUGCAAGAGGACAAUCAUCAGGUUACGAUUGCCUGAGUUAGUUAGUUGGAAUUAGCACAUGACCUGCGAAAAAAACACAAAUAACAUAACCUACUAUACAACCAACUGUAAGACUAAGUGUAAGUUAAGCAGCAAAUGAUUAUGAACUAACCCUAUAAGUUUGCUAACGUUAGCUAGCCAUGUUUAUGUUGUUAGCAAUGUCAACAUUAGCUUAAAGAGGACCUAUCAUGCAAAAUGCACUUUGUGAUGUCUUUUAUACAUAAAUAUGUUUCCCCGGUGCGU